AUGAAGGUUUCUACCAUUCUCUCUGCUCUCGCCGCUACGGCUUCCGGCAAGAUUCUCUUCGCCGGCGUUGCAGAGUCGAGCGGUGAGUUUGGUCUCUGGAGCCCGGAUUCCACUCCCGGUACCGGCUUGCCUGGGACUUUUGGCAAGGAGUAUGCUUUUAUCGAUGAGAAGGCUGUCGAUGUCUUUGUCGACGAACACAAGGUCAACCUUUUCCGAGUGGCCUUUGCUUUGGAGCGGAUGUGCCCUCUUGAAUAUGGCCUCGGAGCCAAGUUCGAUGAGACGCACUUUGGGCAUUAUAAAGAUGCCAUUGACUACAUUACAGUCACGAAGGGCGCUUAUGCCAUCCUCGACCCCCACAACUACAUGCGCUACAACGACCCCUCUCAACAGCCCAUGACCGGCAGCGUCAUCGGCAACACGACCGACGCAAAAGCCGCCACCACCAAACAGUUUGCCGAGUUCUGGACCGAGCUCGCCAGCCGAUUCAAGGACAACGAGCGUGUCAUGUUCGGCAUCAUGAACGAGCCCCACGACAUGCCCACCAAGCUCGUCUUCGACAACAACCAGGCCGCCGUCGAUGCCAUCCGUGCCGCCGGGGCCAAGAACCUCAUCCUGGUCCCUGGCGCCCAAUGGUCCGGCGGCCACAGCUGGACCGAGAACUGGGGUGGCGAUCUUCUUCCUAACUCGGACUUCAUGCAUAAGAUUAAUGACCCAGAGAACAACUUCGUCCUGGAUGUGCACGAGUACCUCGACGAAGAUUACUCUGGCACGCACACCGAGUGUGUUAACAGCUACCCUGAACACCUUGCCGAUCUCACGGCGUGGCUUAAGAAAAAUAACCUCAAGGCCAUGAUUACAGAGUUCGGCGGUUCCAACACCACAUCUUGCGAGAAGCUCCUUGGGGAGGCCCUCGAAUACAUGGAAGAGAACGAGGAAUACGUCGGCUGGACCGCCUGGGCUGCCGGACCGUUCUGGGGCCCCAACUCCCCUUGCUGCACUGACCAGGCCCAACUGGGUAGCUUGGAGCCUGGGAGCCAGGCUGCCGGUGGCGGUCCUAGCUUGUACGAGACUAUUUGGAAGAAGGUAUUCCAGCCCCGUAUUCCUAAGACCCUUCAGUGGGAGGGGCCCGCGGUUAUCAACUAA